AUGUCGUUACGGUCACAUGGACAGUUCCAAACCGAGAGACUCUUGAUCGAGCCCUGGGAUACCCCAAUGAUUGAAGAUCCCGAAGCCCUCUGCAAGGAAUUAUCCUCCAUUCUGGAUAACGAUGUGACGGCAUUUUUGCCGCCCCAUUUACUCUUUCAACCGGGAGAAACCAAGGUGGAAGAAUGGGCCAAAGCAUUUGCUGGUGGAUCCUUUGACUUUGCUACCAGCAAAAACAAGAUUUCUACCAUCCGGCUGUCGUCGACCGACACGACAGCGUUGACGGGGCUCUUGAUGCUUCGCACCGUGCCAUCAUCCCAGGAGGACGAUGACAUUUCCACGGACAUGCAUAUUGGAUAUAUUUUUGGAAAAGAUCACUGGGGCAAAGGGCUCGCAACGGAAUUGCUCAAGGGUUUGGUCAAGCAUCUGCAGCAGGCGGGAUAUCAAGGAACCCUGCAUGCUGGUGUUGCCCACGGAAAUCCAGCGUCCUCCAGAGUCCUGGAAAAAGCCGGAUUCUCUGCUGCACCUGCUACUAGCAGCGGGGAGGAACAUGAUGUGGACUUUUUCAUUCGAUCUUUUGCUGGCAAAGCGGACUAG